AUGGGCGGAGGCCCCGGCGGUGAUGGACGGGAUGACAAAGACAAAAAGCCCAAAUACGAACCCCCUCCACCACCCACCACCCGCAUCGGUCGCAAGAAGCGCAAGGCCGCUGGCCCAAGCACAGCCUCCAAGCUUCCAGACAUCUAUCCCACGUCGCGAUGUAAGCUACGGUACCUCCGAAUGCAGCGCGUCCAUGACCACCUGCUGCUCGAGGAGGAAUACGUGGAGAACAUGGAGCGCAUGCGAAAGGCCAAGGCUCAAGCGACGCAAGACCCGGUCAGCGGAGGCGAUCUGGAUGUGAUGGAUCGGAAUGCCGACGAGAGGAGCCGUGUUGAUGACAUGCGAGGCAGCCCGAUGGGAGUCGGUAACCUGGAGGAGCUGAUCGAUGAUGACCAUGCGAUCGUGUCGAGUGCCACUGGCCCCGAGUACUACGUGUCCAUCAUGUCGUUCGUCGACAAAGACCUCCUGGAGCCAGGUGCCAGUAUCCUUUUGCAUCACAAGUCAGUUUCCGUCGUUGGUGUCCUGACCGAGGAAUCCGAUCCUCUGGUAUCCGUCAUGAAGCUGGACAAGGCACCCACCGAGUCCUACGCAGAUAUUGGUGGUCUGGAGUCUCAGAUCCAGGAAGUGCGAGAGGCUGUGGAGCUGCCGUUGCUACACCCAGAGCUCUACGAGGAGAUGGGCAUCAAACCACCGAAGGGUGUGAUUCUCUACGGUGCUCCGGGAACUGGAAAGACACUGCUUGCCAAGGCCGUCGCCAACCAGACAAGCGCAACCUUCCUUCGCAUCGUCGGUAGUGAACUGAUCCAGAAAUACCUGGGUGAUGGCCCUCGUUUGGUCCGGCAGAUCUUCCAGGUCGCUGCUGAGCACUCCCCGUCCAUCGUGUUCAUUGAUGAGAUCGAUGCCAUUGGUACCAAGCGGUACGAGUCAACAUCCGGUGGCGAGCGUGAAAUCCAGCGGACCAUGCUGGAGCUUCUGAAUCAGCUGGAUGGAUUUGACGACCGUGGUGAUGUGAAGGUCAUCAUGGCCACCAACAAGAUUGAGACACUGGAUCCAGCCCUGAUUCGACCGGGGCGUAUCGACCGCAAGAUUCUCUUCGAGACCCCAGAUCAAAAUACCAAGAAGAAGAUCUUCACUCUUCACACGUCGAAGAUGUCCCUUAGUGACGACGUUGAUCUGGACGAGUUCGUCAACCAGAAGGAUGAUCUUUCCGGAGCCGAUAUUCGAGCGAUCUGCACGGAAGCCGGUCUGAUGGCGCUGCGCGAGCGUCGGAUGAGAGUGCAGAUGGAAGAUUUCCGUGCCGCCCGAGAGCGCAUCAUGAAGACGAAGCAGGACGGCGGCCCCGUGGAGGGAUUGUACCUGUAG